AUGAACUGCAUUCUGGCAAUAGCAAUAGCAGUACUAGUGAAGUUUGGUUCGUGUAUCCCAGACGAUAAUGUUUCUAAACUUCCAAUCGCUGCUCUCGUGCUUGCUCGAGGAGGAUCCAAAGGUAUACCGCUGAAGAACAUCGUCGAAAUUCAACCUAAUCAAACUAUGUUGGGUCGGGCUUUAGACACAAUUCAGAAGUCCGGUAUAUUUAGCUCAAUCUGGGUGUCGACAGAUCAUGAGCAGAUUGCUGCCGAAGCUGACCGUCACGGUGCAACAGUGUUUGCCCGUUCACCAAUGUACGCUCAAGAUCAUUCAACCUCAUUGGAAGCGACACGCGAGUUCCUGGAUGCCCAUCCUGAGAUAAAACAUUUCGCAUUGAUACAAUGCACUUCCCCGUUUCUGCGAGUAGACUAUUUGGUACAGGCCGCCCAACACAUUCGUUCGUGUGUGGACAAUUCAAUGGAAAUGCCAUCGUGUGUAUUCAGUGUAGUACGAAGUUAUAAGUUGCGCUGGCUCGAAGAUGUCGAUAGUGGCAGGUUACAGGCGAUUAAUUUUAAUCCAAUGGCUCGCCCGAGACGCCAGGACUGGCUGGGUGAGUUAGUGGAAACGGGUAUGUUUUACUUUUCCGACAGACAACUAAUCAUGGAAAUGGGUAGCUUUCAAAAUGAAAUGUGCACCGUAGUGGAAGUGGAUGAGCUGGACGCACUCGAAAUUGAUAAUUUAAAGCAUCUAACGUUGGCUCGUGUUUUGAUCAAAAUGGAAUAG